UUUAUGCCGCUGCCAGGACCUGGCGGUCGGCUCCUCGCGUUUGAAGCGCGCCGCCGCUCCAGCCCCUCGCUUCAGUCGGUGUCGGAGUCGCCCACAGGAGAGACCUGCCGCGCGGCAUGGCAGCCUGAAACCACCGGCAGGAGGAGGAGGAGGAGGAGGAGGAGGAGACAGGGAGGAGGGAGAAAAGCGCUGUUUCUUUUUUCUUUUCUUUUUUUCCCCCCCACUUCCCCUCUCGAGUGCAUUUUUCUCUCCGCCAACCUGACCGGGGCUGUGCGCGGAGACGAGCACUGCUGUGGAUUAUACGCGCUUGUUUUCCCCUUUUAUCCCGUGGAUAACGAAAAGACGAAGCGGAGGAGGGGUUUUUUAAUUUAAUUUUUGAGGAAAGGACUCGUGGAUCGAUGGGAGAAGACGGGCAGCCGGAGAGAAGCUCCCCCGCCGCCCGCAGAGAGUGAGGCGAUCCCAGUGGAGGCUCAGCGGAGGCGGACAACACAGCGGCUCCCUCCCGCUGCCUUCGGAGCCAUGAGCCGGGCGCUCAUGGACCACGUCGCCGGCAGUUUCCGAGAAGAUGCUCCCCGGCCCCCGGUGCCCGGGGAGGAGGGCGAGGCGCCCCGCUGCCCCGGCAAACUCGCAAUGAUCCGAGCCGCGGAGCUCCCCAGGUCGGCUCUGCUCGGCGCGUCGGCGCGGAGGAACGAGGACGGACUCGGCGAGCCGGAGGGCAGCGCCUCCCCGGACUCGCCGCUCUCCCGGUGGACAAAGUCGUUGCACUCCCUGCUCGGGGACCAGGACGGUGCCCUGCUGUUCAGGACCUUCCUGGGGCGCGAGAAGUGCGUGGACACGCUCGACUUCUGGUUCGCCUGCAAUGGCUUCCGGCAGAUGGACCUCAAGGACGCCAAAACGCAGAGGGUCGCCAAAGCAAUCUACAAGCGCUACAUCGAAAACAGCAGCGUCGUCGCCAGGCAGCUCAAGCCCGCGACCAGGACCUUCAUCCGGGACAACAUCAAGAAGCAGCACAUCGACUCGGCGAUGUUCGACCAGGCGCAGACCGAGAUCCAAGCCGACAUGGAGGAGAGCGCCUACCAGAUGUUCCUGACCUCUGACAUUUACCUGGAGUACGUGAGGACCGGGGGGGAGAACCCGAGCCACGUCCCCUCCGGCGGGCUGGGCGACCUGAGGGUUGUGUGUGGAUACCUGCCCACGCUCAACGAGGAGGAGGUGUGGAGCUGCGAUUUCAAAGCCAAGGCGCUGGUUGGACUGUCGGCCAAGGUGCACCGGGCCCCCGUGUCCAUGAGGGCGGUGGAGGUGCUGGAGGGGGGGUACAGAUCAUACAAGAGAGGAGACCCGCUCAACCCCUGCCACAUGGGCUCUUUCGCCCCCGUCAGCAGCACCAAUGACAGCGAGGUGUCCAGUGACGCUUUGACCGACGACGCCAUGUCCGUGACUGACAGCAGUGUAGAUGGCAUUCCUCCGUAUAAACUGGGCUCCAAGAAACAGCUACACAGAGAGAUGCACCGCAACAUGAGGAUGAACAGCCAAGUCUCUCUGCCUGCUUUCCCUCGAACUCGCUGUCCUCCCAAGGAGAUGGUCCCGUUGCAGCCGGCAGAGUUUGCGGCCAAGCUCAUCUCCCGCCUGGAGAGCCUGAAGAGAGAGCAGGACACGCUCAGCUCUCUGGAGGAGAGGCUGCAGCAGAUCCAGGAGGAGGAGGAAAGAGAAGACACAGAGAUUUCGGGAAGUGCUCCCCAGCUCUCCCCCCAUCCCUUGACCCUCCUCUCCGGCUCCUCUGACGAGGACCCCCAGGCCAUCCUGGAUGAACACCUCUCCCGUGUCCUGAAGACCCCCGGCUGCCAGUCCCCGGCAGUUGUCCGGCAUUCACCUCGCUCAAGCUCCCCAGAGCACAGGCCCUUCACCCGCGCAGGCUUUGGAAUCAAGGCCCUGGUGAGGACCGGGCCCCCCAGUUCAUCUGUCUCCAGCCCGGACCCAGGGCUGUUCACUCUGGCCAUGGGCCCCAGUAGGACCCUCGUAAACCGACAGAGCAUGAAACACAUUCACCACCACUACAUUCACCACCAUGCGAGUCCCAAGACUAAAGAGCAGAUUGAAAGAGAGGCAGCCCUCAGGGUGCAUGGCCUGUGCUCUGUCAGGGGCGAGUGUCAGCCGUGCCAGCCUUACCAGCGCAGCCGCAGCCUAGGCAGAGAGUCGUGUGGGGCUGUUUCAACAGACAACACCAUGGGGCGUUCCAGCUCUUUAUCCAGACGCGUGUGUCGUUCAGGGGCUGAGGAUGGAGUAGCAGAGAGGUCCAUGGAAGACUGUGGGCUUUUACAGCUGCCCAGCGACACAACAGACACCACUCAAAAUGUGUUGCAGUGGAUACUGGAAAGUAAACAGCGGGGCAGGCAUAAGUCUCAAAGCACCCAGAUCGCCAAGAAAUCCUUUGGAGCCUCUUCCACCCAGACGCACACUUGGGGCGGUGGAGGAAGCUGUGGCCACCUACGUAGCCACCAGCCAGCACAGCCAUUUAUCCAAGAUCCUGCCAUGCCCCCCUUGCCCCCUCCCAACACUUUGGCCCAGCUGGAGGAGGCCUGUCGCAGACUGGAGGAGGUCUCCACCAAGACCACCAAGCAAAGGCAUUCGACGUCCAGUCUCCAGCGAGAGAAGAGCCACCUAGUGCCUGUCCAGGGUGGGGGGCCCGUCCCUCUGUCUCUAGCCCAUCCCAGCCCAGGCGGUCUCCUUGCAGCUAGCCCGGGCCUCCAAUCAGAAGAGACGAAGGAGUGCAAGAAGGGUUUAGGAAGCAACGGGGUGUGCGUUGGCGAGACGGUGGUGACAUAUUUCUUCUGUGGCGAGGAGAUCCCCUACCGGAGGACCAUGAAGAGCCACAGUCUCACCCUGGGCCACUUCAAGGAGCAGCUCCGCAAGAAGGGCAACUACAGGUACUACUUCAAGAAAGCCAGCGAUGAGUUCGAGUGUGGUGCAGUGUUCGAGGAAGUGUCCGACGACGGCUCCCUGCUGCCCACGUACGAAGGCAAGAUCCUGGGCAAGGUGGAGAGGAUGGAGUGAGACCGCCGCCGCCCGUGUUGUGGAAUAAUAACCGCCAACGAAACGCUUCACACCUCCUGUGGAUGUACUCCUCCAUGUGCUCGCGUACACAAAAAGCACGUGUCUCUUUAAGCUAAGACUAAAGGACCGGAGAUGCUGACUGAAGGAACGUCGUCGAUGGCAAACGGACUGGACCGAAUGUGGAGAAGGAAUCGGAAUUAGGACAAGUCAGAGCGAUUGCAGGACUAUCAUGUGAACAAGCCCGCCUUGAAGUGGAGAAAAAAAAUGAUGGACUGUGUUGUGUUGAUGGACUGAAACAUCACCGUGGUUCCAGAGGAUAACAUUUUCAAGACUUUAGGUGAAUGACCACUUGUCCAGAAAUUGGGGCAGUGGGUUUUAAAUCUGAGACUGACAUCCUCCCUGACCCCGCCCGUGCCAGCGUCCGCCCACUGGCCCCCGCUAGCACAUCCCUAAUAUGUAUAUGCAGAUAUACAUGUACAUUGCAUUGUAUUGUGAUGCUUGUAUUGCUGUGUAAAGAUUUAUAUUGCUAUUUAUUGAAGAUAUCCCUGCCCCCCAAGCCGAUUCUUCUGCCAUGGACAAGCUGCUUGGAGUUGGAGAAACUUCUCCAAUUUCCACAUCCGUGAUUUUUUGAUUUUUUUUCCCCCCCUUUCCCCUUCUGAGCAUCAGUUUCUCGAGCAAAGGAAAUGGUUGUAUUCAUUUUUGGCCUAUUAUAUUGAUCUGUUAACCUAAAAAAUACCUCUUCAAAAACUCCCAACUCCUGUUCCAGAGACUUAACGGGACGUCUCUGAUCUCCUGGCUGGAGAGAGUUCACUGCCGAAGCUUUGAGAACAGCUCUCUGUCACUGAAAGUCUGAUGAUAUAUUUACUACUACAGUGCUAUUUGUGGCCGUGUCCCCCAUCUGCUCCGAAGGGCCCCUACUAUGAAAACUGCUAUUAAUGUUUAAUUCCCAACUCUGGGCCUGUGCCCAGCUGGCCUUGAUCUGUUCGCGUCUUAGUGCCUUUGUUUCAGCGGCGCAGGCAUCGCACAUAUAGCCUCUGUAUUUUACAAAGAGGAAACUGCCCUGAACAGGUCCUAGAGUCCCCAAAAUGUGUUUACACCCACCGUGAUAUUUACCAACAAAAAGCUCUACGAUGUGCUCCCCAAUGUGCUUACUUAUGUGUGACUGAGAUGCUUUUGACCAGGAUUACUCUGUGUGUAUUUGAAGCCUGCACUAUGAGCUGCAGAUGAUGAUAAUGAUGAUGGUGGUGAUUAUACACUAUGUCCAUAGUGUUUUAAUAGAGUACAGGAGCUGUGCCUACAUGGAUUCUUGCCGUGUGUUACCCAGUUUUCAGGGUCCUUUUACUCCCUUGGUUUUUUCAAGGGGCCUUAUGUUGAAAAGAUAUUUUUAUGCCUUUCUAGUAUCCGUUUCAUCAUGUUUAUGUUUUAUAAUAUUUUUCAUGGCUUCCUCGGCUCCACUUGUAAACUGUAAAUUAUGCGUUCACUAGAGCUCCGUUGAAAAGAUGCCUCGGUACUUUAAUUAUUGUAAUUAUGAAGAGAUGUAGCCUUUAUUAAAAUGUUCUAUUUUUCAAAUUA